AUGGAAGAGCGUCAGGGGCGUUCCUUUCGCCCCCUGUGCCGCACGCAACACUUUGACUGGUCUGCAAGCAGCGACACCAUAGUAACCAAAAUCGCCACUCCAAACGGGCACACUCUGAUAAGCCCAAAUUCCGAGCGAAGACUAGAAGAAGCUCCUGUAGCCAUGCCCGAGGCACCAGCAGACAGUCCGUGCUGCUCUCCUGUUUCAGUGGAACAGAAACCCAUGGUGAAUAAUGGAUCAGGCGUACUAGAUGGAGAGACAAAAGAAUUAACAGCACAUGUAGAAAACAGGGAGCCCUGCUCUUGCUCGUCUCCCUCGCUUUCUAGCAGCCCUGCUCCCCCUCACGUCAAACGCCAACGCUACCAAACCAAGACUAGCAUGCAGGGUGAUGUCUACAAUUUUCUAGAGAGACCAGCAGGCCUGAAAUGCUUCCUCUACCACUUCCUGGUGUUCCUCAUGGUCCUCAUAUGUCUCAUCUUCAGUGUGCUUUCCACCAUUGAGCAGUAUGCAAAAUUUGCCACUGGGACACUUUUCUGGAUGGAAAUUGUGCUGGUGGUGUUUUUUGGUACGGAGUAUGUGGUGCGUCUGUGGUCAGCAGGUUGCAGGAGCAAAUACGUGGGCGUCAUCGGCAGACUACGCUUCAUUCGGAAACCCAUCUCUAUCAUAGAUCUAAUAGUCGUGGUUGCCUCAGUGGUAGUCCUUAGUGUGGGAUCAAACGGACAAGUUUUCGCCACUUCUGCAAUAAGGGGAAUCCGCUUCCUACAGAUCUUGCGCAUGCUCCAUGUGGAUCGCCAGGGAGGCACAUGGAGACUACUGGGAUCUGUAGUCUUUAUUCAUCGACAGGAGCUGAUAACGACACUAUAUAUUGGCUUCUUGGGUCUGAUUUUCUCCUCGUAUUUUGUGUAUCUGGCGGAGAAAGACGCAGUGGACGAGGAGGGAAAGACAGGCUUCUCGAGUUAUGCAGAUGCUCUUUGGUGGGGUGUUGUCACUGUAACCACAAUAGGCUAUGGAGACAAAGUUCCUCAGACAUGGAUAGGAAAGACCAUUGCCUCCUGUUUUAGUGUGUUUGCCAUCUCCUUCUUUGCUCUGCCUGCGGGGAUUCUGGGUUCCGGAUUUGCGCUGAAGGUGCAGCAGAAACAGAGACAGAAGCAUUUCAAUCGCCAAAUCCCAGCUGCGGCUUCACUUAUACAGACGUUGUGGCGAUGCUACGCCUGUGAGAAACCCAACGGCUGUCCAGCUACGUGGAAAAUAUAUGUGCUGAUGGGGGACUACAUCCCAGUUUUAAACUCUGAGAACUCAAGUCCUGGAAACUUCAGAAAACUUAACAGACGAUACAGACGGAGGCUGAAGUCUACACGCGAUAAUGGUUCUCUGGGAAAUUCAGGAGAAAAAGCUUUGUCUAUCCCUCAGAUCACAUAUGACCAUAUAGAUGACAAAGAGGACAAGCGAGAUGUUCCUUUCUUCUUAGAGGAAUCUACAGGCAUCACAAGGAUGUUCAGACAGACAGACUGCCAGCCCUCAUGGUCUUCUUUCAAUCUUGCAUGUCCUGCUUCACCAGGAAGAAAAAAGCUGGAGGGACAUCUGGAUAUCUCGCGCACCAGCAGCCUAGUGGAUGACAUGGACUUUUCCAGUGAAUAUAUCCCACUCUCCAUGGUGACAGACGCUUCACAACUUACCCAUGCGCAUCGAUCUGCAAUCAAGGUCAUAAGGAGGAUGCAGUAUUUUGUAGCUCGGCGGAAGUUUCAGAGAGCAAGGAAACCCUACGACGUGCGAGACGUGAUCGAGCAGUAUUCCCAGGGCCACCUGAACAUGAUGGUCCGCAUUAAAGAGCUCCAGAGACGGAUGGAUCACACGUUGGGAAAGCCAGGAAUGUUUCUGCCAGAAAAAGGCGUGGAGAAGGAGUACCACACUAUCGGAGCCAGGUUGAUCAGACUGGAAGAUAGGGCCAUUAAGAUGGAGCACAAACUAGACAGCGUCUUGAAGAUCCUGGUGGAGCAGUUCCAACUCGAACCAGAGCUUCUUCAGAGACCAAGCCACUGCAGCUCCUGCUUAAUGAACGGCCAGAGUGGCAGCAUGGAGAAAGGACAAUGAGAGACGGAAAAGAAGGAAACAACAGAAGACAUCUUGCAAUGUCCAUAUCAAGAUAAGACUGUGGAGAAAAAAAAUCCUGAUAUUAAACAGCACAAGCUUGCAAUAGAGAUUCAUUUUCAAUAUAACUUCCAAAGAAAACAUGCUAUGCGUUCAACACCUUAUUAGCUUGCAGCAGGGGGAAGUCAGCCUGAGUUCCCUCCUUAUUUGAUUUCCAUCAGUUAUUAAACUUAUUAAAGAGGGAUGGCUGAACAUCCUGCUGUUCUAAAGAAGAAAAAAAAGGCCACAUUCAAAAUUUGCUACAUGAACGCAUAUGAGGAGAAAGUU